GGAACAGAAAAGAAUUUAGAAAAAGCCUUUUAUUGGUAUCAAAAAGCAGCAGAAAAUGGUUUUACUGAUUCAAUGCAUGAUUUAGCCAUAUGUUAUGAAAAUGGAUUAGGAACAGAAAAGAAUUUAGAAAAAUCCUUUUAUUGGUAUCAAAAAGCAGCAGAAAAUGGUAUCACUGAUGCAAUGAAUAAUUUAGCCAUAUAUUAUGAAAAUGGAGAAGGAACAGAAAAGAAUUUAGAAAAAGCCUUUUAUUGGAGUCAAAAAGCAACAGAAAGUAACAAAAUAGAUUUUAAAAAUGAGGCUGAAUUAUGUAAUAUAUGUAACCAGCCAUAUACUAAUUACCAGUGGUGUCAACAAUGUAAUGCCAAACAAUUUCAACAUGAUUUUUCAAAGUGGACCAGUAAAAAUGAAUUUAUUGAUAAAUUUAUCCAAGAUUCACAACUAAAUGCCAAAAAUAGUUAUGAAAUUUUAGAAUGGAUACCUUAUAGUAAAUUGUCAAAUAUUAAUUAUUAUGAUAAAGGAGGAUUUAGUGAAAUUCAUAAAGCUAUCUGGUUAGAUGGACCUAUUUUUAGUUGGAAUUUUGACAAACAACAAUGGAAUAGGCAAUUAAGCUAUGAGGUUAUUCUUAAAACACUUAAUAAUUCAUCAAAUUUAAAUAGUAAAUUUCUGGAUGAGGUAUAUAUAUUAUUUAUAUUUAUUAGCAAAUUUUUUUUCUUUUACAAAAAUUAA